AUGAUACCACCGUUACUAUUUCUUCUAAUCUUUCCCCUCGUUUCCGCGAAAGACUAUUGCGUGGAAUGGAGAUCCGUGCCGGCGGGAGGGUCCUGUUGGCAGGUGGCCACCGACAAGAAGAUCUCCGUGGAAGCUCUGCAGAAGCUGAAUCCAGGAGUCGACUGCGAAAAGUUGAAUGUUGGGCAGAAGUGAGUCAGGUGGAAACUCUUACAUGAGGUGCCCCUUCUGUUUGCAGAUUGUGUGUUGCCACUUCUACCGCCAAACCAGAAUGCACCAAAAAGUACAAAAUAGUCGGCGGAGACACGUGUUUCAACAUCUGGACGGCUCAAAAACUGGCGGAAAGAGAGUUCAAAGAGAUGAACGAGGGGAUUGAUUGCGAUAAAUUGGAAGUUGGCAAGGAAGUUUGUGUUGGCGUCGCGACUACGAACACUGACACGUCGGGGACUGAAAAUGCGAAACCAGCACUGCCGAUGGUUGAAAGUGAGUGCGCGGUACUAAUUCAGAUCAAUCUUGAAGCCGUUCAGCCACGGAAUCCUGCUACGAAUACUCGACCAUCAAGGAAGGAGACACGUGUUUCCAAGUGUCGGUGGCCUAUGGACUGAACCUUACCGUACUUCAAAACAAAUACGAUUGCAAUGCUCUUCAGGUACUCUCCACGUCGCUGACUAUAGUUCCCGUUUCCUUUUCAGAUCGGCGAUACCAUUUGCGUUUCCAAGAACUACACUUGCCAACAUCGCUUUGAAAUCAAGUCGGGAGACACGUGUUGGUUCAUGGAGAACGCCUUCAAAACGAACCAGACAGAAGUGGAGAGGGCGAAUGAAGGAGUGAAGUGCGACAAUCUGCCGGUGGGUCGGAUGAUGUGUGUUUGGUCGGCGGACGAUAAGAAACUGCCGAACAUGACGUGCACAAACUGGAAGAAGAUGGACAAGGACGGAGUGAGCUGUUACGAGCUGGCGAGGGAGAACCUCAUCACAAUCGAUCACUUCAAAUUUCUGAAUCCGAGAGUCAAUUGCACUCAGAAAAUUCCGAAAGAUGCGAACGUUUGUGUCAGGGAUCAAGCGACGAAGGACUGUGUUUCCAUUCAACCAGUGGAUCCCAAUGACAAUUGCACGAAGAUCAUGCAGAUCUAUCAAAUAAGUAACUGGCGUCUGAUGCACUUGAAUCCAACUCUGAGAUGUGACCGAUUGAAGAAAACUGAACAGAUAUGUGUGGGAAAUGGGCCGUUCAAACAGAGCGAAUGCGUGGACUCCCAACGUGUCACUCCUGAGAUUGACAAUUGUGAGAAGCUGGCGAAGGCUACUGGACUGAGCAUCGGACAGAUUGAGGCAUUGAAUCCGAGAAUGAAGUGUGGGCGCAAGUUCGAAUGGGGCUCCCUCGUCUGCACAGCGAACCUGGGAAUCGAUACGAAGUCGGCGCAAGACCUCAUUGUUUCAAGUUUGAAGGAAAUCGCUCCGGAUCUCGUUAAUAAGGUAUAUUUUCAUGAAAAUGACAGAUCACAACAGAUGUUUUUCAGUAUGGUGACUACAAGAAGACGCCCAAUGAAGAGACUGAGAACGCGAUGAACGAGCAACUCGUCACUGAUCUUCAGAAGCCGGCAGUGAACUCGAAGCUCAAAGAGCUCUACAAGAGCAACGAAGAGAUCCGGAAAGUGCUCGACAGUCAGCACCCUUUGCCACGUCAGUCUUACUGUGAUGAGGUAAAAAAGACCAACAUGGCGGACAACAUCAAGAACUGUUUCUGCGGAAAUGAAGAACUUCUGAUGUACUGUCAAGUGUUGGCGGUGAAACUUUUCACGGACGGAAUGGAGGGGGACGAUGAUGAUCUCGGACAAAAUGCCACCGCCUUGAGAGCAAUCAGGUACUUCAUUCUCAAUUAUCAGAUUUCUAAAAUUGUUCUAGUUCCAGAAGAAAACGUCAAGUGUGCAGUAUCUCUACCCCACUCGAUGAACUUGGAAGCAUAAACGUGGUCAAAAGUCUGGCGGGAGGAUGUUUCGGCGGUGGAUGUGCCUUUCCGAUCGGCAUUGUCGAACUGCACAUUGAUGUGGAUUUGUGCGUUCCGAUUGUCAGUUACGCGGCGGACACCAUUCAGUUUUGCGAGAAAUCGGAGAAUGACUGCACGAAAGUGGAGGUCGAGGACAUUUCCGGAAUGAAGUUCCUUUCGGAGAGAAAACUCGGUGGCAGUCUGAGUCUCUGUGCGAUCGGAUCGAAACUGAUCAAAAUGCUUUCGAAGGGAGGCCUCAAUCUGUGUUGGGAAGUCUUCGUGGCCGACUAUUACGGGUUCAUUGGAAAGUUGAACCUCGGCUCCAACCUAAAACUUAUUGUGAUCACAGUUAGUUCGGUGUUAAAAGUGCUCAAACUCAUAGUAUCCCUUCAGGUUGAAGGAGGAGCGACCAUGAAGGUUCACGGCCUUGCGUUCCCCAAAAUGUGCCGAAUAAACGAGUUCCAAUGCGAAGAUUACUGUAGAUGGACGGAUGAGAAUUGGCCGAAUGGAAAAGCGUACGGAUACUUCAAGUUCAGAGCUCUCAAGGUCUUUGGAUUCAAAGGGUUCAAAAUAGUCGAGGACGAAUUCAACGCGCCGAAGAAAUUGGGAUGCGAAGCAGGCAAAGAAGCGGCAGUGGUGAUCAGAAACGACAGAAACUGCCAGAACCCGGACGAGAGGUCCGUGCAGAGAAGGUGUUGGAGUGGAGAUGAUAUGGUAGGGAAGAGAGAAUGUGAACAGAUCUGACCGAGAUUACUUCAGAUGGGAUGGGACCCACUCGACAAGGAAUGGGGCUUCAGUUUCCAGCCAAACGUCUUCGGAAGUACUCUUUUCGUGUGCGAGUUUGUCGAUAAAUCUGGCCAGAAAAUCGGUUUUGAUGUGUACGGAGGAAAGUCGAAAAACCGAGGGAAACAAAGUUUCUAUUACGUCAUCAAGAACGAUGGAAUCUACUUUGGAAUGGAGAAAUUCAAAGAGGACAAACUAAUGGGAUCCUGGAAUAGCAAGUGCGAAGAACAGAAGCCAGAGCCGCCGAAGCCGGAAGUGCCGAAGACGGAAGAGCCGACAGGAACGAGCACGGUGCCGGCCGCGGGUUGUGGAAAGAGAAUAGUCGGGUACUACACCGGAUGGGGAGAACGGGAGAUCACGGAGAAUCAACUGAAGAAGCUCACCCAUGUCAUCUUUGCAUUUGUGGCCAUGUACGCGGACGGAAGUGUCAAGUUCGGAGCAGUCAGUGUAGAUGAUUCGGGACCGCAGGCCGCCAUAAAAGCGGAGAGACGGUUCUUGGAUAUGAAGAGGAAGGCGAGAGCUGUCAACUCGGGAGUUCGAGUGAUAUUCGCAGUCGGCGGAUGGGACAACUCGCAGUACUUUUCUUCUGUGGCAGCAGAUCCGGGCAAGAGAAAGUGAGUGAUUAGUCAUAUACAUACAUGCAAAGAGAUCCGAGUGCUUGCAGGACGUUCAUCGACUCGGUCGCCGCUUUUAUUGAACAACACCAGAUUGAUGGAGUUGACUUGGACUGGGAAUAUCCUGAUAUGAACGGAAAGGACAAAGCGAAUCAUGUUACGUUGGCAAGAGAAUUGAGAGAAAGAUUCACAGAGAUGGCGAAAACGAAAGGGAGGAAAGAUCCUUAUAUCAUCACUUUGGCGUCUGCUGCAGGAGAAUGGAAUCUGAGAAACGGAUACGAUCUGAGCGGAAUUCUGAAGUAUGCCGAUUUCAUUAAUGUGAUGAGUUAUGACUAUUACGGAGCCUGGGCUUCGAAAUGGGGAGCCUACACGGGAACUCCCGCUCCGUUGUACUUUGGAAGUCUGAAGGGAUUCUCUGGAAAGCUGAACGCCGACUUCUCCAUGCGAUUCUACACGUGCAAAACAAAGAAACCGAGCCAGCUGAACAUGGGAGUUCCAUUCUACGGAAGGUACUGGAAGAAUGUGCUAGGACCCAUAGAUAACUCUGAUCAAAUGUGGAGGACGACCGCACCGAAGAAUGGAGUUUACGAGGGAGGAUACGUGGGAUGGAGGAAUCUGGAGAAGGAAGGAUGGAACAAAGGAGCGACGUCGUGGCACGAAAAGACCAAGACUCCUUACAUUUUGAAUGCGGGCGCACGGAUGUUCCUUGGAUUUGAAAACGAAAGGAGUCUGAAGGAGAAGAUCAGCUACGCGACGGACAGGAAUCUUGGAGGGCUCAUGAUCUGGGCACUGGAUCUGGACGACGACGCGGACACCCUUCUGAAUCUCGUCUCUUCUGCUGGGCUAUGCUCCGGAGGCAGUGGAGACAAAGUAACGUACACGUGCGUUCCGAUCGACGACGUCAGAUGGUGGACUCCGGAGAAUUCCGAUGAAAAGAAGCAGGGACAGUGCGGAAAAUCAGCGCCAUUGAUCAAAGGAUUCUAUCCGGUUUGUGACCCGGAUGACCCUGGAUUCUCUUGUUGCGGAGCCGCUGGAUACUGUGGAAGUGGCAAGGAGUAUUGUGAUUGCAAAGGAUGCGUCAACUAUCGCAAAGAUCCGAACUUGAUUCUGAAGGAACCGACGAAACCGUCAAGAGCAAUUCAAUGGUAUACUCAAGAUGCGCCGGAUGGGAAAAGAGGGCGAUGCGGAAAGGAUAUACCGAAAAUAAACGGAAAAGUGAGAACUAUUCGAUCAUGAAUUAGCUAUUGUUCGUGUUUAGGAACCGAUAUGUAACCCAGACGAUGACACGAAGCACUGCUGUUCGAAUGGAGGAUACUGUGGAACUGGAAAGGAGUACUGUAGCUGUGACGGAUGUGUCGACUACAAAAAGAAUAAGGCAUAA